ACAUGGAUAACUGUGUAAUAAUGUAACAGCAGACCAUUGAGAGCUUCCUGUAUAAAAACAACCAAACGAAAAAACCACCCAACAACAGUGCUAUCAUCUUUCUGUAGCGCAGGCUGUAAUGCUGGCAAGGCUCUGUGUGACACUUGUUCUAGGUUUUGUUUGGCUCUUGGGCACAAAACUAGCCAGGGCGAUGGGAAGAGAACAGACUCGGUGCUGUGGCCAACUAGGUGAAAGGCUGUAUUUGUUGCAUGGCGUGGCUUUAGCAGCACAAAGAGCUUGUGUAAGGGACACAAAGGCCCCGAGUUUAAUGGGAGAGUCGGGAGAGUGGUGAGAAACACAUCAGGAAAUGGAAACGGGAAGCAAAGAAGUGUAGCGCAGGGGGGGGGUUAUAGGAGGAACACAUCCAAGGGGUACAUCUGCUCCUCUGAGCACUGCAGAAAUAUAUAAGCCACCUUGAGUAAGUGAAGGCCAUCGUGCUGAGUUGGCAUGGAAUGGGGGGAGAAAGGGAACUGAGGUGUCUUUGCUCAGUGCUGUGCAUUGAUUUGUUGGUGUUACGGGAAGAAACAGUUUCUGAGGUAACUGGGGAAAAAAAAAUAGAACAUUCAAUUUUGGCGUUAGUUUUCUUGUUCCCCUUAUGGAAUAUAACCUGGAGAUUGGCAAGAUAAGACCCUGACAAUACGCCUUUUGGAAUGGAGUACCUGGAGGAUGACUUUGGUGUUGUCCCACCAGGGCUUUCCGGGCAGCGGCAUGCAGCAGCACCUCACCUGGCACCAGUGCAUAGAAGUGUUUAAAUUGGAAUACCAGGCUACAGUGGUACGCAUAGCCUCCCUUCUACGUGGAAAAUAGCUGCAGGACAGUGAUUCCAUUUUCAAAGCGGUUUAAUCAUCUUCAGCUACUCUGCCCAUUGCUCGUGUGUCAACACGAAGCUCUCAGGAAGGCUGCCUUGCCAGUAAUACUGUUUCUUAAUGACCGUGCCCCCAGUUUUGAGUGUCAAUGUCCCUUCUCACACGUCUGAUUACCUCUGUCUUGUGACUGCCUUCCGUUCUGUCAGCAGCAACUGUCCAUGCUCUCUCUCCCCUCUCGUAUGUUGAUGUGUUCAUAGAAUCAUAAAAUACCCUGAGUUGGAAGGGGCCAAGAGGAUCUGUCAGACAUGUAUUUACACAGCAUCUUGCCAACAAGGCCGUGCGCCAGGCCCGUAGGUGUUAAAAUAUGAAAUGACUCUAUAACAGUUAGAAAGGAGGGAGAUAGCUUCAUACCAAGUGUCGGUCUCUAACCACCAUUCACCUUGCUGCAUUUCACAAUUGCUUCCAGCAGAGCCAUUUUGUUGCCAUCUGGGUCCUUGACAUUUCUUACUGGACCAAACGUUGUUUGCGUAAAUAUAUUUGUUAGCUUGGGGGUUUGGCUACAUCUGAACGGGGACGGGGGGUGUGGGAGCUUCAGGAUGAGCAGUGGUGCUGUGUGGAGCCAGGCAGGAGUUGGGCUCAAUGGUCCACACGGGUGCCUUCCAUACGGGGAUAUUCUGUGAUCCUAUGGCUAUAGGAUGUACUGUUUGGAAGUGCAAGGAAUGCCCCUUGCUCUGCUAUGGAAAAUUCCCACUGUUUCUUAACGUCUACCUGCAUUUUUACAUAUGUAUUUUUAAGGACAGAAAAAGAAACACAAUUAAACUUUCCUUUGAUGCAUCCCAGCGUUUUGAAGAGAGUUGUGACACUUUUUCUAGCCGUGGGACAGCACCGAAGAGCUGACCGACUUUACAAGGCAAACAAACAAAGGGAUCCACAACCUCCCGUUACAGUGCCGUCACUGGCACCAAUUCCACCCUCUGCAAAGGACCUUGGAUCGGCCGUGGGGGACUGUCAGGUCUGGAUGCCAGGGAAAGCAGGCUGUAUAAUAGCACUUAAUUAGUACAGGAAGCAGCAGACAUUGCAAAUGCUCAUUGGGGUGAGAUUAAAGAGAGAAGAGUUCCGUUCUAACGCUGCCCUACCAGAGUGAUCUCAUUGGCAAUAAUUUAGAAUGAAGACGUUCUGCCGUUGUCUGCAGCUGGAAUCGGGGGGGGGUUCUUGCAUUUCCUCUUUCUUCAGAUUUCUCUUUGAAAAACCAAACAAUUAGCACCUUACUCGCUCAGUUACUCAUCUUCAUUUACUCAUUCCGCAGGGCACGCUUGUUUUUAUCUUGGCUCUUCCAUCCUUAUGCUGAUUUCUGGUUGCUUCUGCUGCCAAGUUGGAAACCUCCUCCCACAUCACAGCCUUCCACCAGUAGUCCACCACGUCUUAUAUUCGUAAGGUAUAAUUGUCGCCUCUAAUUUUUUAACAGUUAGCAUUUUAGGGCAGAGCAAACACUCCACGCAGUUAAUGCAGACUGAAGAAACGCUGUUUAUAAGCAAACCCAAGAACGAAUUGUUAGUGUCGUUAAACUGUUAGGAAGGCAGAACAAAGAGGUCCGGGUGCAACGCUAACUUUCCUCGUUCAAACCGUUCGGCUCUUGCUGCUCUCUCCCAGUGGUGCUGCAGCUGCCGAGCGAUGUUGCAGAGAGCUGGAACACAGGGAGCUGAAACUCCCGAGUUCCCAGCUCUUCCCUGCGAGGGAAGCGUUGCUAAAUAUGGUGCUUUCCUCCCGCGGAGCAGCUGCUGGAUUCGCAUUGGCAGCAGCCUGCAUCAUGUAACUCUUCCGCGUUUCGUUCUGUUCGGAGGAGCUGCUCCCGACCCUGACGUCCUCUCUCUCCUGACUCCCUGGCUCUGUUCUCAGCCUCUCCUGCUGGCACACCACAACGCCACGCGCUCUGCACCUUGGGCUUUGCUCAGGGUGAGCCGCAGCCAACAGCUGACUCUAUCAGUGGCACUUCCCUGCAGGUUCAGACCCCGCUGAUCCCUCUGUCAUCCCAACUCAUUUUCCUCUGCUUCAGGAAAGUCUGCAGCCCUUUCAGUUUCCCUCCUCCAUUUCUCCACAUUGCCAGCCUGGUCAUGAGGUCCCUGUGUGCUCCGUGAUCUGUUUUUACCUAAUCACCUGAAGCAAUUAAAUGAAGACUGGCCCUGUUAGCACAGCCACAGCUGGGUGUAGGACGCUGCUAAGUGCGUAACAGCAGCUGGCUUUCCCUUGCAGUCUUUAUGACAAAGACUUCAUUCUCUCCUGCCUGAGGCCCGCUGCGACGACCCACGCGGGAGGAGCUGCCGGUGCAGCGCGUCGGCCCUGCAGUGCAUGGAAGAUCCUUUCAUAGCGUUUCAUCUUGACAAGACACUGGUGAAAAAGUACAUGAGCCCACUCUUGAUUGGGGAACUGGCACCGGAUCAACCCAGCUUUGAACCCAGCAAGAAUAAAAAGCUGGUAGAAGAUUUCCGUGAGCUCCGUGCCACUGUGGAGAAGAUGGGGCUUCUCAAACCCAACCGCACCUUUUUCCUCCUGCAUCUCUGCCACAUCUUGGCGCUGGAUGUUGCGGCAUGGCUCACCAUCUGGUACUUUGGGUCAUCCACUGUGCCUUUCCUCUUCUCUGCGUUGCUUCUAGGCACUGUCCAGGCCCAGGCUGGCUGGCUCCAGCAUGAUUUUGGACACCUUUCAGUCUUUAGCGAGUCCAAAUGGAACCACUGGGUGCACAAAUUUGUGAUCGGCCACCUGAAGGGAGCACCAGCCAGCUGGUGGAACCACCUCCACUUCCAGCACCACGCGAAACCCAACUGCUUCCGAAAGGACCCUGAUGUUAACAUGCACCCCUUAUUUUUUGCUUUGGGAAAGAAGCUCUCUGUAGAGCUUGGCGAACAAAAGAAGAAAUUCAUGCCUUAUAACCACCAGCACAAGUACUUCUUCAUCAUUGGUCCCCCAGCUCUGGUGCCUCUUUACUUCCAGUGGUACAUAUUCUACUUUGUAGUACAGAGGAAACAGUGGGUGGACCUGGCCUGGAUGCUUACCUUCUACAUUCGAUUCUUCCUCACCUACCUGCCCUUACUGGGUGUGAAGGGUAUCCUGGGGCUUCAUCUGUUAGUCAGGUUCAUAGAGAGUAACUGGUUUGUCUGGAUUACGCAAAUGAAUCACAUCCCUAUGCAUAUUGAUUACGAUAAGAACGUGGACUGGUUCUCUACCCAGCUCCAGGCAACCUGUAAUGUUCGUCAGUCCUUAUUCAAUGACUGGUUUAGUGGACAUCUGAACUUCCAAAUCGAGCACCACCUUUUUCCUACAAUGCCUCGACACAAUUACUGGAAGGUGGCCCCUUUGGUGAAGUCCUUGUGUGCCAAACAUGGUAUUGAGUACCACUGCAAGCCAUUACUCACCGCCUUUGCAGAUAUAGUAUACUCUUUGAAAGAUUCAGGGGAACUCUGGCUAGACGCUUAUCUACAUAAAUAAGAAGCAGUGGAUCCUUACAGAGGAAUUCCCCACCCUUAUUUCUUCCUGUGGAGCCCACCGGAAGGACACUGCACAAAGGAGAGAGAGCUGGCUCAGCCAGAGGUGGGGAGGUGACACAGCUUAAUUCCAGUGAUGAAUGUGAUUUAUACAAUUUUUUUUUUUUUAAAAAAAAGGUGUGUUCUUCAUUCUUCUUGUGCUUCUUUCAUUUCUCUUCUCUGGUGCUGAGGUACAGGGAAAAGUAGAAUGGAGGAGGUGGUUCCAUCAAGCUGGAGGCUUCUUUGGGACUGGGAUCAAAUUGCUUUCUGUCUGCUGACACUUCAUUUGCUGAGUAUGUAGGAGAGAAAUCUCUUGUCUAACAUAGGCUUUGUUGAGGUGGCUUCUCAUUAUGAGUGUAGUAAGAAAGCUGAGACAAUAUGCAAUGGGAGUAAUUGAAAUGUGAAGACAAUAAGAAGAAAUUGUGUAUGUGCUAUGUUUUCAAAAACCUAUUUGUAAUCAGCAGUGGCAAUAGAAGUCCCCAAACCAAGGGGCAGUGGGGAGCGUAUGAGAGCUCACACCACUAUUUAUGUAUAUAUGGGCGAAGGUGAAAAGGUGCAGGCAGCAGUUCUGUAGGAAUAAGUGUGAGGAAAUUAGAGACCUAACUAAGGUGGAGGAACAGGAAAGUGCAGGCCUGUCGAUGUGAGAGCCUGGAGUGCCAUUUUCUGUGGGUAUUUUUCCCUGCACUUCUCUUCUGUGCUGAAGGCCACUGAGUUAUUUGACCGUCCCCAACUUCCUAUGGAGUCUCUGCAAAUGAUUUCCACAGUGCCAUACUUCUGAGUGUUACUGAACCCAUUACUGAAAUAUGGGAUAUCCAUAGCCAGGAUCCCUACCUGGGUUGGGUUACUACAGGACCAAAAAGUGUGUUGGCCUUCUGAAGCUUCACUUUUCUGUUAAAUUCAGGACUAAUGGGUGAUUUGCUUAGCAGACAACUCAGAACUUCUGGCCCGAGCAGUAUUAUGGGUUCCAGAACAAAAAUUUGAGUUGUAAAAAUGUUAUGGUUUGGGGACUGUUAAAUUACAUUUAACUCUUCAACCAGCAGAAGUCAGCAGGCUGCAUACCUGCAGGCACGCAUCAGCCAAACCAUUACAGAUCUUUCUCUGUUGGAUGAUGUGCCUUCAAAACACACCCCAAGAGGGCAUUACUGUGUGAUUGAUUGUAACGUUAAUCAGCCUUACUGCGUUCCCCAGUGUAUUGUCCUUUACUGCACCAGUACUGCAGAUACCAAACAGGAUACAGCUCUUGGCACAGCAGUGAUGAAGAUGUGUCCGUCACGUUUUUGUCUUUAAACGUUUUAGGUUUUUUGUCUGUGUUCUGGGACUAAUCCCCUUUUCUACUGUCUCUCAGGUAGAUAAACAAGGUGUAGUUUUCCACCUGUUUUGUGCUUUCUUUUUUGCCCAGCUGCUAACUGUAAAUACAGUGUGCCUGAUUUUGAGGAAGAUAAUGGUGCUUUUUCUGGUCAACAUCCAAAAGGAGUAUGGCUUGUGAGAAAACAGAGGAAAUGUGUCUUCUCAGGCUAAGAUUAUUUUUAAGCACAGAAUAAAAUCAUAAUGGAAAUAAUAAAAAUAUAAUUAAAUCAUCAAUAACUGUUGAUUUAAAAACUGUAAAGGAAAUGGGCCUUAGUCACUCUUAUCUACCUUGUUUUUCCUGCUGUUUCUCUCCCUUUUGUUAUUAGAACUGUUGAUGGAGGAAGUCUUAAUAAUAAAACUUCUUACCUUACAAA